AAGCUUCACUUUUCUUGAUUAAUUAAACCAGCCAAAAGCAUCACUCUCUCUCUCUAGCUUGAAGCAGAAGUGCACACGGAUAACUUAAAAGCCAUACAGAUUAGGUGCAUGGUUAUAGCUUCUUACCCUUCUCCACCCUGGUCUUUCCAAUCCCAUCUGCAUCUGCUUCUUGAUUACCAAGUUUAUGCCGUCUAGAAUCUGUAAAAUUAGAAGCAGUGUCAUCAAAUUAUGAAUUUGUAGCCCUUUCAACAAGAAAUACUCUAAUUCCUACUGAGACCGAGCGGAUUGAGCAAAAUGGAGAAUAGAAGGAGCAGGGAGCAGAAUAUUACUAGAGUGCUAAUUCAGGGGAUGGAGCUGGCAAAACAGUUGAGGGCACAUUUAUGUAGCACAACGGCUUCUGUUGAAACAGGUGACUUACUGGUGCAGGGGAUAUUGUCUUCAUAUGAUAGGGCUCUUUUCAUUCUGAAAUGUGGUGGGUCGAUGGGACAGACACAGAAUGUAGGAGCGACUUCUGGUGUACCUGAGUCUCCUUUGUCGAAAAAUGGAAGCCCCAAGAGUGAGGAUUUUGAUAAGGAUAACCAGGAGAGCAAGGAUGGCUCGAAGAAGAGAAAGUUAUUGCCCAGAUGGACAGAUCAUGUAAGAGUUAGCUCUGAGCGCAUGCUAGAAGGGCCCCAUGAUGACGGCUACAGCUGGAGAAAAUAUGGGCAGAAAGACAUUCUUGGAUCAAGAUAUCCUAGGAGCUACUACAGAUGCACCUUCAGACACAGUCAGAACUGCUGGGCUGCAAAGCAAGUGCAGAGAUCAGAUGAAGAUCCCACCGUAUUUGAGAUCACAUACAGAGGGCAACACACAUGUAGCCUUGGCAACCAGGCAGUUCCACCACCUGCAUCACCAGAAAAACAAGAGCAGAAUCUAAACAACCAUGAUAAUAUCAACAACAAUAAUCAACUAGAAAUGCUCUUAAAUCUUAGAAAAAAUCUAAUGGUCCAUACUGAGGGCCUGGACAACAAAGAGAUGGCACCUGGAUUCUCUUUCCCUUCAACAUCAUUGGGGUACAUGAAGAGUGGUGGUGACAUUAAUUUUUCACCUCCAGCACAAGAUAACUUCAGCAGUUUCUCACCCUCAUUUGUGAAUCCAGCAACACCAGAAUUAAACCCCUUUUCAGCUUCCCAUUCCCAAAGGAACAACUUCGGAGGUGCUUUCCAUGCACAAGGUUCUGAAUCUGAUCUCACAGGGCUGAUUUCAGCAAACACUUCGGCCACCAAUUCCCCCAUUAUAGAUUACUUGGAUUUCUCAGUUGAUCCAGUGGAAUUUGAUCCAAACUUCCCAUUUGAUACUCCAGGAUUUUUCUCCUAAUCCUGUUGUUCAUUAGAAAUACAAGUAAUGAUAGGUAGUAUUAGCAUUUAGCAUUCAGGAGAAGUUGCUAACAAAUUUCAGACUUUAUAUUAGUGGAGUGCAAUAUUGUUGGUGUUAAUGUAAGAAUUUCUUUCUACAACGAAACAUAAUGAUUGAAUCUGAAUUGCUUGACAUCCAAACUCAAACUAAAUUAUAACAGCAGUU